CUCUCCUCUUUUUCUUACUCAUGUCUUUAUCUCUUACUAUGUAAUGUUUCUACAAGUAUGUUCCAAUUUUGUUAGUUAUAUAUGUAAUAGCUUAUUGAGGACAUGCAGAAAGCAAAGGAAGAGAUGGAAAAACUGAAAGGGGAGGCAUAAGCCAACAAGGAUCACAUGCUACAGUAUAAAGAAAUAGCACAAGUGAAUGAAUUUGCAUUGAAGCAAAUUGAAUCUGCUCAUGAAAAAUUCAAGGCUGAGGUUGACAAGCUAAAAAAGUCACUAGAGGAUGAAAUUUAUUUUCUCAAGGGAAGGGUUUCAGAACUUGAAAGUGAUCUUGUGUCAAAGUCCACAAAAGUUACAUUUACAGUUUCAGGAAAAGAAGAAGCUCUAUCUUCUACAUUUGCUGAAAUUGACCGUCUGAAUGAAGAAAAUUCUGCAAAAACAUGAGCAUUAUUGUAUUAUAUGGAGGGUGUUUACUGUGUUGGAGUGUAUUUGUUUCUUGCACAUGAGGACACGCCUUAGUUGUAUGCAACCACUCUUCUUGUUGUAGGUCUCAGAUAGUGGAAUUGGAAAUUCAGAUCUCUUCUUUGAAGGAAGAUCUUGAAAAGGAGCAUCUACGCUAGCGUACUAGCCAGAGCAAUUAUGAAAGACAGGUUUACUCUUAAUUUCUUGUCAUAAUUCUUAUUUCCCAUCUCAUUCAUGUGCAGUGGGAUAUGGAAGAACUUCGUAGGAAGUAUUUGGAAAUGGAGUCGAAGCUAAAUUUCAAAUAG